GACGGCGAAGAAGUGCUUCGUAUGCAACAUACGUGAGGCUGUCACAAGCUGGAGCUUAAUUAAUCUCUUUAAACGCGAAGUAAAAAUCUAGUUUGGUGCGCGUGCAAAGAAUGCGAGUUACCGAAGGGAUAUUGAAGAGUAGUGGGUGAUGUUUAAUUUUUAAAAAUGAAGAGUUUAGUAAGUUUUCACCGCGCGCAAUUAUUGCUGUUUUUGACUGGAUUUCUAAUUCAAUUUCGCGUGUGUUUCGGGACAAGCGGUACGUGUCCCACGAUAUGUUCGUGCAAGUGGAAAAGUGGGAAACAAACGGUGGAGUGCAUGGAUAGGGAAUUAAUAACUAUUCCCGAAAGUGUUGACUCGGCUACGCAAGUUCUAAAUAUGUCUGGUAACAAUUUGCAAAUAUUAUCGCGCGAGACUUUCCUACGAGCGGGUUUACUAAAUCUGCAGAGGAUUUUCCUUCGUAGCUGCCGAAUCGGACAAAUUGAUGAUUUAGCGUUUAAGGGUUUAACAAACCUCAUAGAAUUGGAUUUAUCUUAUAAUUUGCUGACGUCGAUUCCAUCGGGAACUUUUCAAGAUAUACCCUCUUUACGAGACUUAAUUUUAUCCCAUAAUCCAAUUCAAAAAAUUGACAGUAGGGCCUUUAAAACCGUUCCCGGACUCGUGAAAUUGGAUCUUUCGCAUUGCGAGCUGCAAAUGGUAUCGCCUAAAGCCUUCGACGGAAUAGAAUUACUCGAAUUAAAACUAAAUAGUAAUCGCUUAUCCGAGCUGAGACUUCAAACCGUUCAAACUCUUAGUCGAUUGCACGGUGUCGAAUUACAGGACAACCCCUGGCAUUGCGAUUGCCGAAUGAGACCGGUCAAAGAGUGGCUUACGCAGCACAACAUCCCCAUGACCAUAGCUCCGGUGUGCAGUGGUGGACCCGAAAGGGUAAUCGACAAGACCUUUGCGGAAUUACACGUGGAUGAUUACGCCUGCAAACCCGAUAUUCUACCAGUAAGCCGAUACAUCGAGGCGAACACCGGGGAUAACAUUACCAUCGUCUGCAAGGCAAAUGCCGUACCAGCUGCCCACAUUAAUUGGUACUGGAACGGUCGAUUGCUCGUUAACAACUCGGCCUUUAGUUCGCAUCAAAAAAUUUUUAUAUUCGAAGAGGGUGGCUUCCAAAAGCACAGCCACCUGGUACUCACAAACGCUCAGGAGACCGAUUCGAGCGAAUUCUACUGCGUUGCCGAAAACCGUGCGGGCAAUGCUGAGGCAAAUUUCACCGUUCGCGUCUCCAUGAGAGCUGCGGGUAUGGUAACCCUCGGGAGUGGACAGAUCGCAGGUCUCAGCGCCGCGCUCGUUAUUCUGAUUCUGUUUAUAUUGCUCGUGAUACUAAUACUGCUGGUGCGCCUCAAGAGGAUACCGUUUUCCGAAAGUAAAACACCGGGCCAAAUUGAGGUGGUAACAGUCGUCAACGGCACCGGAAUCCCCAACGGCAAGUCGGCCGCCUCGCCGACGACCCCCAACAACGAAACCUCCUCGCUUACGGAACGCAAAAUACCCAGCGAUCUCAACUUCUGCAACCCCGUACAAAAACCACCGCGUCUUAACGACAUCGCCUACACAACCACUCACUACAGCGGCAACGGAAGUAUCAUUAAUCCCGGUUCUUGUUUCGUCUCCCCUUCGUCGGGAUCUGGAAAUAAUCCGGAUUUGAUAAAUGAUACGAAAAUAUUAGAGGGCGAAGACGCCUUUAACGUCGAGGCGUUGGAGCGGCCGGGUAGCGGAGAGUACAGCAGAAACGUCGAUUCUCUGUAUCCUUCGGGGCUGUGGGAACACAGCGACUCGGAAACGUACUCAAGACUUAUGAGCACCAGUAACCCCGGCUUCCAUUACGACGAUAAAACUCCAAUUAUAGGCGACGGCUUGAGCGUCGGAGGGUCCGAGGAGGAAUUAGAAUAUCGCAAUAAAGCAGUAGGGUAUCCUUCCGAUUAUGGAUUGCCUAUUGUUGAACCAAAAAUUGAGACUGCCGUCACGACCUCCACACAAAUCACCCUACCGACAAAUGCUAAGACACUAAGGGUGUGGCAAAAGGGGGGAGUUCCGGUGCUACCACCAGUUACCGCCUUAAAGAGAGCGCUAACGCACAACCGAAAUUCUCCCGACGAGGGCUAUCAGGAAGGCUGCGGUACGGAUGUUUAAAACGUCUUCGUCACCUUUUAUACCAAAGACUAUUGUUCCUAAGCGAGUGUGAGUUUUGCUCAAACCGACAAUGAAACGUUUCAUUGUGUUCAGUGCUGUGAGAUUAAAGGACUUACUGGAUAUUUACGUUAUUAGGUGUUAAAAAUUAUAAUAAAUCAUGUGAUAUUGGAGCUUCGCGAUUCGGAGUUUCCUGGCGAACAACGGACCUGUAUAGAUAAUUUUCUUGUAUAUAAUAAUAGAUAAACGUAGAUUAGGCAUCCAAUACAUGCGGAGAGGUAUACAUACUGUCAGAAGACUGAGAAAGAGCAUAUUUAUAAUAAUUGUAAGUUAAACAAGAAUUAAGUUAAAUGCAUGAAAGCUCUUUUAUUUUUGGGUGUCUCACUCAUCAUCCCCCUCUGUACCACUAGCAUUUAUUUUCCACUCGUAAAUGUGAUCGUUAAACGAAUGUUACACGUAAUUCCCUCCUGUAGGUGCUAUUUAUUGACAGUAAAAUGAGUUCAUUUGAAUCUUUUUUAUGCCGCGCUUGUACAGUCCGUGUCCUAACGAUGCAUGUUUCUUUUUUUGUUGCUAGCCAAAUUUAUUGUUAUGCACCUUUACUUUCCCAGCGAUGCGAAAAAGUCAAACAUCGUCGUUAGGACGUGAUUUCAAUAUAGGUAAUUGUUAAACUUUUCGUAUUUAUCGGGUCUGUUGAAAAAAUCAUUGUCUAUAUGUAAAUUUCAAGGAGAAAAACAGCAAAACAAUAAACUAAUACGAGAUGAGUUAUUUAUUUUUAUAUUUAUUAGAGUUAUGUCUAGGUAUUUGUACGUACUUAACCCCCCGACUGUACAUAGUGUAAAACGUAGAGAUGCAAAAACAGUUAUUCGUCCUAAACAUAUUACAGAGCAGUGUAAAUGUGAAAUAAUCCAUAACAUGUCUGUGUAUAAAAUAUAAACCUAAUAAUUAAUACUAAUUCAGUAUUCUUAAUGUUACCAUGAUUUACAUGUAAUGGUGCGACCUUUUUAUUAAAUUUAAAAAAAAACGUAAGUUUA